GCCGGCACCGGCCAUGUUCUGGUGCUACCAUUUCCAACACAAAGCCACGUGAACUCCCUUCUGCGUUUCUCUCGAGAAAUGGCAAAACAUGGCCUCAAAAUCACGUAUGUAAACACGGAGAUCAUUCACAAGCGUGUGGUGAGUGCAAUGCCCGACGGCGACGAGGGCAGCCUCUUGGAUUCGAACAUCAAUCUCGUGUCUAUCCCAGAUGGCUUGGAAAGCGACGAUGAAAGAAACGAUCUGGGCAAGAGACUGGAAGCCUACUUGCGCACCAUGCCAGCAAGGCUCGAGGAGCUCAUACGAGGUAUUGACGCAUCAAACGGCGCCGACGAUAACAACAACAUUACAUGUAUUCUGGCCGAUGGGUCGAUGGGUUGGGCCGUGGAAGUCGCCAAAAAGAUGGGAAUUAGAGCCGCCAUCUAUUGGCCUACCGCCGCCGCUUGUCUCGCCUCGGUAUGGAGCGUCCCAACGCUAAUUGAUGAUGGGAUUCUAGAUGAUGAUGGAUUCUCAACCGGAAAAGUAGAGCUGAUUCAUCUGUCGCCGGGCAUUCCCGCCUUCGAAAUGAUACAUCUUCCAUGGGCCAAGAUACCCGACCCGACCGCUCAGAAGGAUUUAUUUCAUUACAUCGCGCGAAGCACGGAAGCUUGCAAAGUAGCAGAUUGGUCGCUUUGUAACACAGCUUACGAGCUUGAGCCUGCAACAUUUGCUCUGUUUCCGAAUCUCCUGCCCAUUGGUCCGGUGCUGGGAAACGACCAAGCUGGGCAAUUCCGGCGACAUGACUCGUCUUGCCUCAACUGGCUCGAUCAACAAGCAACUCGCUCGGUCGUAUAUAUUUCCUUCGGUAGCUACGCAGCUUUGGACGCUAGCCAAUUCCAAGAACUGGCUCUUGGACUUAAGCUCAUCAAUAGGCCUUUCCUUUGGGUGGUGGAUCAAAGAAACAUCGACAGGGCCAAGAAUGCAUUUCCAGAUGAAUCUCAAGGAGCUUCUACGAAGAUUGUCGAUUGGGCACCUCAAACGAAGGUCUUAGCUCACCCCGCCGUUGCUUGUUUUCUUAGCCACUGCGGCUGGAGUUCUGUCACAGAAGGUAUAAGCAAUGGCGUGCCUUUUUUGUGCUGGCCUCAAUUAGUUGACCAAUUCCUCGACAAGAGCUAUAUUUGUGAUGAGUGGAAGGUUGGACUGGGUUUUGAGCUCGCUGAAAACGGCAUCGUAUUGCGGGAAGAAGUGGCGAGGAAGGUGGAGCAACUGCUUAGCAAUGAAACUAUAAGAGCAAGAGCGCAAGAGAUUAAAGAAAUCAUAUUGAAAAGUAGGGCAGAAGGUGGCCAGUCUUCAAAGAAUUGCAACAACUUCAUCAAAUGGAUCAAGGAAUAGAGAUGCCAGCUCUUUCUACUAAUUGCUAGUAAUUUAGUCGGUGAUCAAUUUCCUCACCCGUGGGUAAUAAUAAAUCAGGAAAUGAAUAAAACUUGAAUAUAUAUAUAUAAUCUACAAUUAUAUGAAUCUAAGCUUUAAAAGUACAAUUAUAUAUUUGUAUUUUCACAAAUUCUACAUAUAAAAAUGCAUGUCCCAAGAAGUGAACGAUUCGAAGGGUCAUGACUUCUAAUA